AUGCAUUUGAAACAAUUUUUAUGCCUUGAGCAACAACUAAAUAAGCUUUUUGAUCAAAGCAAAUAUUGUAUCUUUCGUACUCCUUUGUGGCAUCAAUUUUUUUUCUAUUUGGGGCCAAUGAUGGAUGAUGAAAAUGCCAUCCAACUUCCUAUUGGUGAACACACAAAAUGGCAGACUAUUGAUUUGGCUGAUCUGGUAGAUGCUGUUUAUCGUCUCUCCUUGCCAGGCAAGCGUGACGAGAACAAGACAUUGUUUGAAUUCACACUUGACCAUAAUAUGACUAGCAAGGAAAUAGUGGAAGCUGCUCAAAAGGGACUUGAUCAACAAAUUAAAUUCAAACAAGUCGAUCCAAAUGUAUUCAAGGACUAUUUGAAGCGUAUGCACCAUGACAAUCGCUUUAAAAAAAGACCCUUUUCAGGUUCAGAUCGUCCCUAUACCUUUCCGUUGGGUCAAUACUUGCAUCAUGAAACCAUUGAGACAUUGGUUGAAUGGUUUGAGUUGAUGGAACAAGAAGAAAUCAAGCCUACUUCUGACCUUCAAGACGCUAUUGAAACAAGACCUCAAUCAAUUCAAGAUUUUUUUAAGCAGAAUCGUAACCAAUUUCGUCGUCUUCGUUAA